AUGACUAGAACGAAGUUUGACGAGUGUGCUUAUGCAAAGGUUGGAUUUGAAACGAUGAAACAAAUUACAAAUAUUAGUUGCAUAUUAAAAUGUGCUUUUAAUAAAGCAACUGACGAUUAUCAACUUAAAAGCAAUUCAUUUCAAUUAGAUUCUCGACGCAAAACCAACCAGUCAAUGGGCAGAUUUAGUGCUGUUAGAGAACUAUUUUUAGAGAAAGAGAUGAACUGUGCUACUAAAGAAGAAAAAUCAGAGAUCCAUCUUUUUCAUGAGGACACAAACUCAUAUGCUUUCAGUACACAGCUGAUGACUAAACCAACACUAUCAAACAUCAAAUGCAAUUUUAUUGUGUUCGAACGGUAG